AUGACAGUGACAUUAAAGAUUUUAACUUUAAAUUGUUGGGCUUUACCUUUUCCCGUGCCUUGCAAAAAUCGCAGAGAAAGAGUGAAUGCCAUUUGUGAUUAUUUACGAAAUGAAAGUUUCGACAUUGUUAUCCUUGAGGAGAUCUGGGUGAAAUCUGACUUCCAGAAGUUGAGAGACAAACUUCAGAUGAAGCUUCCCUUUUCUCAUUAUUUCUACAGUGGAACAAUAGGAAGUGGCGUGUGUGUUUUCUCUAGGCAUCUCAUUGCUGAAACAAUCUACCACCGGUUCCAGCUCAAUGGUCACCCACACAAAAUCUUCCAUGGUGACUGGUUUUGUGGGAAAGGCGUCGGGCUGUGUAAAAUUCAUGAAGAAGGACUGGAUAUUAAUCUUUAUUGUACACAUUUGCAUGCAGAGUAUAAUGCUGUUCAAGAUGAAUAUGAGGCUCACAGAUUGGCUCAGGCAUUUGAACUAAGUCAGUUUAUCAGAUCAACAUCAGUGGACUGUGAUGCCGUCAUCCUGGCUGGAGAUUUAAACAUUGCUCCCAAAAGCCUAGGCUACAAAGUGGUUACCCACUAUGCUCACCUCCAGGAUGCGUGGGCUGAGAAGGAAAACAAAGUAUGUGAUGAGUUGGCAGGAACAUGUGAUGUUCCAUUCAACACGUACACAGGAGCAGAAGCAAAAUUAAGAAUUCCAAAUGGCGAACGUAUUGACUACAUCAUGUACAGUGUCAAACCAAAUUGCAAAGCUACAGUUACUGAUUGCCAGAUUGGCAUUGGAAAGAUUCCUGACCUCAACAUCAGUUACUCGGAUCAUGAAGCUGUUAUGGCCACGAUCAAUAUCAGCAGGGUUGAAGAAAAUCAUCCUAGAAAAAUGAGGUCAGCUCUCAGCAAAGAGGUCAAGGACAGUCUGCAAGAAACAUUGCAAGUUCUAGACAAGGGAGUUAAUCAGUGCUUGAAUGAGGAGAAAUUUUUUCAGGUGGUGGUGUUUCUCCUGUCCUUCAUCUUAUAUUUUGUGAAUUCCUACGUAGAUGCAGAAUCAUACAACAAUAUUAUAGUGGCUUUCACCCUGGCAACUGCAAAACUGUUCCUGGCUUUUGCUGUUGGCUUCUCUGUAUGGACAGCACUCAUCCUCAAACGAGGAGAAUUCCAUGCACUGAUUGCUUGUAAAGAGGAUAUAAUGAAGCUGCUGGGAGUUUAA